AUGGUGACAACGAACCUCUCGCCCGGGGGGCGGCUGAUGAGGGCAUCCCGACUGUUCUCUCUCCCCAAGCCAUUGCCUGAACCUCAGUCGAGCAACUUGCACAUUGGUGAUCACAAGUCUCCCACCAUGACAAGACAAUACCCGCAGCACCAGGCCAUCACGUCUCCUCUCUCAUCGCGAGAGAAGGGCGAUUGGGGAUUUAAGCGACCGUUUCCCCUCAAGUCCACCUUGACAACCUCAACACCCUUGAUCCGAGUCAAACAAGUCGAUUCUAUCGAGAGCGUAACCGAUUUUGCUUCCGCCGCCGACCACGCCCUUUCGCUCGAAAAGUUCCAGGAGAUGCGCAUUGCCAUGUCGAUCCCCAAAGGUAAAGAAACAAACACCACGACUUUCACAACCGAUACGUGGCACAAGUCUGUUUUCGAGGAGGACCUUGAUUUUACCGUGCAUCGUCAAGGACGAAAAGACGAUAAGCGGUGGAAAUUUAAGGGGCCUUGGCUGGCCAGGAUGACCGAGGGUGAAUUCAUCAGAUAUCUUGAAAAGGGCAUCCGACCCAAGCGUGCUGCGUUUAAGCAUCUACUCCUAGAAAGACUUGUCGAGUCUCACAAUGCUGAGAAGGCACAGUCUGCCAUGGAGCAGGGAAUCGAGGCACCAGAAAAAAUCACAAUCAACGACGUCACUCCUGAAUGGUACACAGAGUAUGUGCGCUCAUUACGAAACGACCGAGCUGCGCUCUACGGUCUGGUCUCCAAGUUCCUCGAUCUUGCUCCCCUGGGCCAGCCCGUUGGUAUUCUUCAGACAUUCUUAGCUGGUGGAGAGAACGCGGCUGCUGAAAGCCCAUACGGUAAAUCUGGACCACCUCCCAGUCAUCCAUCCGCUGGUAUCAGCUAUCUGAGAACAAACUCCUUCAUGGCGAACCAUCCUGUUUAUGGACCUCAAAAGCAGUCGACUCCCACUCUCGCUCGAGUGGUGUACCCUAGACAAGGCCCCGCACCCGCCAAGCUCGGUGUCGGUGGUUUCGUAGCCGACUCUCCCCCUGGAGACAACGAGUUCAACAACAGAUAUCUCUCACGCCAGAGGAUUUCAACGAGCAAGAAGAUGCUUACUGGUAUUUCGCAUCUUGACACCACAACCUAUGGUGGUGCCAAGGCAUACGUCAGCCCCGAGACGGCGACCGUCGAUCCUAGCGGUCGGGUCGUGGUUCAACUUCGAGAAGCAGAACCCGAGGCUCAGCUCAUUGCGAAAGAAGGCAAGGGACGUGCCCAAGUUUACGACUCGUCAAAGCAGAUCAAGAAACAAAACAAGACGGAAGCGGAAGUUGAUCCCUGGCGAACAAGCCGCGUUGCUGAUGAGCUUCUUGACGGUGGGAAUGCGGCUGCCUCUGAAGGCGAUGCCGUGAGCAGUUCCAGAAACUACGGCCUUGGUGACAGGUAA